AUCACUUCUUGAAAAAUGGGCAAAAAAGGGAGCAGGAUGAUGGAGAAGAUAUUAGACCUGACCCUGGAGGUCAUCAUCCUGGUGACCGGAGAGGAUUCAGUGUCACUUAUGUAUGAUGUAGGAUUAUGGACCAAUAAAGAAGAAGCCCAGUGAUCUUCUCCCCUCCUUGACACCUGAGAGAAACGACAAGUAUCUUGAAGUCACCAAGAAGAUCAUUGAGCUGUUGACAGGAGAGUUGAGCGGUGCCGGGAAUUCUGGGACAUUCUCCAGUAACAGACAAGGGAUGUGUCUGGAUGGUGACUGUAUCAUUGUGUGUGUCAGGUUCCUAUAA